AUGGCUGAUCAAGAAGUUUUAGUUUUAAGAGGUACCUUAGAAGGUCACAACGGUUGGGUUACUUCCUUAGCCACCACUCCAGCUAACCCAGAUUUAUUAUUAUCUGGUUCCAGAGAUAAAUCUUUAAUUAGAUGGAAAUUAACUGGUGGUGAAGAUAACCAAUACGGUGUUCCUCAAAAAUCAUUCAGAGGUCACUCUCACAUUGUCCAAGAUGUUACCAUUUCUGCUGAUGGUGCUUACGCUUUAUCUGCUUCUUGGGAUAAAACUUUAAGAUUAUGGGAUUUAGAAUCUGGUGAAUCUACCAAAAGAUUUGUUGGUCACACCAGUGAUGUCUUAUCCGUUUCUAUCGCUAAGAACUUAAGACAAAUUGUCUCUGCUUCUCGUGAUAAAACCGUUAAAGUUUGGAACACCAUUGGUGAAUGUAUGCAAACUUUGACUGGUCACUCCGACUGGGUUUCUGCUGUUAGAUUCUCCCCAUCUGAUGACCAAUCUACUGUUAUCUCUGCUUCUUGGGAUAAAACUGUUAAGUCUUGGUCUUUAAACGACUACUCCGUUAACGCUGACUUCAUUGGUCACACCGGUUACAUUUCUUGUAUCACUAUCUCUCCAGAUGGAUCCUUAAACGCUUCUGCUGGUAAAGACGGUGUUAUCAUCUUAUGGGACUUAAACUCAAACAAGACCUUAUACACCUUGAACGCCGCUGCUGAAGUUCACGCUUUAGCUUUCUCUCCAAACAGAUACUGGUUAGCUGCCGCUACCGCUUCUGGUAUUAAAAUCUUCAACUUACAAGAAAGAACUUUAUUAGAUGAAUUAAAACCAGAAUUCGCUAUUGGUGCUAAAGCUAAAGACCCAGAAGCUAUCUCUUUGGCUUGGUCUGCUGACGGUCAAAACUUAUUCGCUGGUUACACUGAUAACGUUAUCAGAGUCUGGCAAGUCAUGACCUCUUCUGCUUAAGUAUUUUAAUUCUUUUUAAUUAUAAUUUUGGGAAGAGAUAUUAAAAAAAUAAAAUAAACAUACAUGUAUAAU